AUGAAGGCGCUUGGCGUGCUUGCUAACUCUCCUGCAAUGCGUCAUUGGCAACGGACGCUCAGGAAGCUGCUACGCUUUGAAGGUGUUGGCCUGCAUACGGGCGAGCAAGUGUCGAUUUGUGUUAUCCCAGCGCCUGCGAAUUCGGGUAUUGUCUUCCGCCAGAAUGGCUCAGAGAGAUCUACAAUACCAGCACUCAUCGCGAAUGUAAGUGCUUCCAAUAGUCAGUUAUGUACAAAGCUUACAGCCAAUGGAUGGAGUGUGUCAACUCCUGAGCAUCUAAUGGCAGCCCUCGUGGCGUCUCGAAUUACAAAUGCUUUCGUGGACUUUGAAAACAAUCAAAGUCCAUAUUCUAAGUCCGAAGUCCCAGUGCUGGAUGGGAGCAGUGUCAAAUUUAUGAAGGGAAUUCAACAUGUCGGUAUCGAGGAGCAAGAGGGCGCUGAACUCAAGUAUCUAUGCGUCAAACGGCCAGUUCACGUUUUUAAACAAGACAAAAAUGCGUGCUUCCUUCCAACGCCAAACAACGGACGAGCUCCGACUUUGCACAUGUCGGUGCAAGUGAACUUUGAGCACAAGCGAUUGGAUGCGAAGUUGUGUCGAUUCACCUUGGGGCCAGAUCCAACGUUGACUAUGGAUGCAUUUAAUCGUGACAUCGCACCAGCCAGAACUUUCACUUUCGAAGAAGAAAUCAAGUGGCUACAUGCUAAUGGACUGGCGCUAGGUGGAUCACUCGACAAUGCCGUCGUGUUUUCGAAAAAACAGCAAGCUGACGCAAAACCAAUUGUUUUAAAUUUAGAAGGGUUGCGCUUCCCUGAUGAAUGGACACGCCACAAGAUGCUUGACUGCAUUGGCGACAUUGGCCUUGCAGGUCUCCCCCUGCACGGCUACUUCUAUGCCUCAAGGCCGGGCCACGCGUUGACCCACGAAUUGCUGCGGGAAUUGUAUAAAGACCCUGAGAACUACGCGGAAAUGCCGUAG